AUGAGCACAAGAGAAUCUUGUCAGUCAAUUGAUGGCAGUAACACGUUCCCUGCAGAAUAUGAGGACUCGAAGGUUCAUGUGAAUUUCAUGCCUGCAAGAGGCGAUGCCAGUGCUGGUUAUCCAAUGAACACACAAGGAAGAGAAGCUAAAAAUAGUAGCAGGACACAUAUAAGUGGAAAUUUUCCUAGUUUAGGAUUUAGCCAUUCUAUAUUGCAGCAUGCUGAAGAAAUUAACAAUGAUGUCAAGGCCAGUCCUGUUCAGUUUGGUUAUCCAGGAAAUGCUGAUGGGAGUUUUCUGACACUUGGAAUUGGGGAUAAUGCAGAAGCGAUGCCCAAUAGUAAUUUCAAUACUCAAGAUGUUCCCAGUAAAAUGAAGGAAACUCUUUCUUUCCCACAUAAUUCUUUUAUUCAAGAAACUUUGCAAAGCUCCUCGAGUCUUCCCCCAUUGACUGGUAGAACAGUAAGCUCCCAAACUGAUGCUGGUGUAUCAUCAAGUUUGGCUCAGAAUUUAAGUUGCCAGAAUUUUGUUUGUAACGAAGCUGAAAAUAUCGGAGGUGCCAAUGUCAGGCAGCUAAAUGUGAUUCCAUCCCCUUGUUUACAGACUCCAGAAGCUGAUAUGCAGGGAACUUUUCCUACGAACUUUAAUAUGCAUUUAGGUUGUCAAGUUGAUAUGGCUGUAUCCCCAUUGCCAUGCAGCAGCAUUUCCAUCAUUCAUCCUGAUUGUACUAGUGUUCCAGCAUUGACAUCAGAAUUACACAAACUUACACUGUUUGCUCGUCAAUCGAUUUCUAACAAGAAACAUAAUUACUUUACACGUAGUUCUAUGAAAUUCUCAUCAGACUCUUCCAUGAAUUCCCAUUUGUUCAGACAUCAAGGGAGCUCCAUCAGGCAUGCUCAAUUAGAGGAGAAUGGAAUUGGCAUCUUUACGAGUACUUAUCUUCGUGGAAAGUUGAUUCCGCAGUCAGAAGGUGUGCCAACUCGAGUUGUUGAUACUGUUCCUUCUCCAUUAAAUGUCAAACCAAUGGGAAAGCAGAUUCCACUAUCAGAAGGCUGCACACCACAAGUUAUUGACAGUAUUCCUUUUCCAGGUAGAGUUGAACCAGUCGGUAAUCUGCUUAAAACACAGAAUUAUGGAUCUGUUGAUUAUCCGCAAAAGGCAGUUGGACCUCCAUUGGCUAUCGCUCAGGCUUAUCCCUGUAGAUUAUCAAAUACUACAGGUCAACCUCAGCAUGGUGUAUUGAUUCAGCUCUCUGAAUGUGCCAAUGGUCAGGUUAUUCCUGUUCCAAAAGUUGAUAUCCAAUCUCCGGCUUCCAAUGUAUCUCUUAAAAGAGAAGCGAAUGAAAAUUCUCAAUCCGCUCCCUCUAGUCAACACAAGAGGAUGAUUCCUCAACCAUCUAGACACCCCUCUGUACCCUACCAACAGCGUAGCAUUCCAGCUCCUGUUUCAGCCCGACCUCCUGUCACUUCUUCUCCUCUUCAUAUAAAAUGGCAAGCUUUUGACGAACCUCCUAAGACAAUCGGACAGAAAUGUUUUCUGUGCAAGAGGGAUCUCUCAUUCACAGCCGAAGGUCCUGUAUAUCAGCCUGCUGUUCCACCAUUUGUUGCUGUUCUUCCUUAUGGCCACACAUUUCAUGACCAUUGCUUGCAAACUAUCACUCCUCAAGACGAAUCGAAGAAUCCUCCAUGUAUUCCUUGCGCAAUUGGUGAAACAUAA